GACCCAAAUAAACACAAAUGUUUACUACAAUCAACUAAAAAUUGUUUACUGUAAAAUAUAAGUAAAUGACUGUACGUCUUCAUACUAACAAUAUUUAAUUAGCAUGCCAAGCUUUUUUCAUGUAUCAUGCUUAUCUAUGGUACUCCGCAUAUAUCUCUAAUGAUAUAUGCUCAAAUGAUCUACUAUGCAAUUAAUUUAUAAUUAAGUAAUUUACAAAAAUAUAUCACAUAUAUGUGGUGUUAUUGUUAUGUAUGAUAAUUUUUCCACAAACACACGCGAGUCUCUCAAAUGGAAACUCUUCUAUCAUCUCUCUUAUUUCCAAUAUUUUGGUUUAUUUUAAUUAUGAGAGAUUUUAUAGAGACCCGUAGUGUAAUGCUCUUAUACACAAUACAUAUUUACAAUCAAAAAACUUAUAGACUCAUUAUGUAUGCAUGCUUGGUAUAGUAGAAUGGGCCUUGUUUUUCUUUGUUAACUAAAAUGGUCCUAAACUUACAGUUCAAUAGAGCCUAGACUCAUGACUAAUCUAGGAGAAAAUUACAAGCUAUGCAAGUGUAUCAGCUACUAGUAAUUUACUUUACAUGCAUGUAUUGAUGGUCCCUUUGGUUAGACGAGGAAUAUUGUGGAUCUUGGAUGGAUCAACAUCAGCGAUGCUGUAUAAACUAUCGAUAAUGGCAAAACAAGAAUAUUAUAUACUGUAGACAAAAGAUUUUAGGUCCUACACAAGCGUCAUAUAUCUUCCUCUGGCAUCUUUCAAAUUUCUCAUUCUGCAUCCUCCCGACUCAGUGCUCUUUGGAAUUUUUCUGUCAGGCUUGAAUUUCUCCCUCAUUUUGUCUCAUCAUAGAUCAUAGUUACAUGACCACACAUAUAUAUACACAUACAUUGUAUAAUACUACGCAGGCUAGGAAGCUGAUAUAUCUUAAUUGGUAAUUUUGGAUCGAUAUGCAGUAUGUUAGUAUUGGACUAUUACUCUUGACGUCGUAUAUAGCAUUUCUAAGUAAUUAAGUAACUCAUAUCAACAUAAGUCACUUAUUCUGUAAAUUUAGUUAAAUGAAUUUUAGUAUGGUACUAGAUGUGGUAUUGUAUAUGUUAAUGAUUGUUUAGUAACUUGGUUCAAACGAACAAAGAAAAACAUGGUUCAAACGAGCAGUGGAUGUGUGAAUGAAAAUGUUUUCAAAACUUUUGGGUUUAUUCAUGGUUUACAUACUUCUACAGAAUAUACAAAGAAUUCAUUUAUGGCCGAAAAAUAAUUGAACUACCACUAAAAGUGUCUCAAGUCCAAAUUUUAGACUUAACCGCUAUUAACUCCGACCGAUUCAGGAAACCCGGAUUUAGCAUCCAUGUCAUAUUAAUCCACUUUCUAUAAUUUUUUUGUGAAAGGCCAUGUAAAUUUUAAUUUGUACACACAUGAUAUCUUAUCCAAGAUAUGAUCUUUUUAUCCGUAGUAAUGUAUGAAAAAAAUAGAAUAGUAUAUGAUGGAUGGUGCUUAACUACUUAUAUAAUUAAAUGUAUUUUUGUGUGAAGCAUGACAUCAAUGUCCUCUGGUUUUUCAGCAAAUUAAUAAUAAAAUAAAUUUACGUAAUGUAUAAAACUGUCCCAGAAUACAUGAAGAUUUCUAAAACUGGUUUCCAUUUGCAAGUAUCUCCCAAAAUGAGAUAGGGACAUUUUUGUUUUGAUGAGUGCGGAACUACUUUAAAAAACCAAAUACGUUAACUAAACAGAUAGAUCACAAGCGUCUGUAGUCCAACGGUUAGGAUAAUUGCCUUCCAAGCAAUAGACCCGGGUUCGACUCCCGGCAGACGCAUGGAUUUUGUCUUUUAUUUCCAUCUGGGCAUUCAAAAAAUUUACUAUGUUGUUGGUUCAAAUAAUUCAAAGUUUUUUUUUUCAAAUAUCCCAUGCCUAUGUUGUUGGUUCAAAUAAUUCAUCAUCACACUUAUAGACAAGAACACGAGGAAGAAUGAUUAGACGUACUUGAGCCAAUCGGGUGCACUACUCUUACACCCGGUCGCAAAUAUUAUUGACUCAAAUUCUAUUUCCUUCCCGUCCAAACUUUGCUCACUUCUUCGUUAUAUUUUCCCACCGCAUGUGUCACCUAGUGUUCAUUAACCACAAGAAGAGUCAUUUACUAUGUUAGAAAAUUUUAAACAGAAACUCAUAACAAUAUUCAGCUAUAUUCAUAAUCACAAAAUACAAACACACGCAUGUAAUAAGUUCAAUAUUACUAGGCAGUGCUGGCUAUAAGGCUGUGAUGCGAGUGCGCAUUGGAUCCUACAUUUUUUUAUAUAAAUUUCUUUACUAUUUUAGGAUCUGUAAUUUUGAAAUUCUUAUAAACAAGUAUACAACUUUUAAAUUCACUCAUGAAAGGCCCAUUUUGUUCUAACCCAGGUCUGUUACCAGGAUGCUACGUUUACUUCACUUCACUUCAUAUCUCUAGACUCUAAUCUGUUUAGCUAUAGAAGACUAAUUUUUUUAUGUAACAAAAAACUAGAAUUAUGAACUUACUCUAAUUGACCGGAUUGUAUCAAAGAUAUGGCGCCUACAUCAAGAACCGGAGUUUUUCAGGUGGCGUUCUUAAGCUGAAUUGGUCCGGUUUUAGGUCCUCGGAGGCCUAGCCGGUCGGUAUUGUCCAGCGUAGAAUUAGCAAGAAGCACAAGCAAACUGUCCACCAGUUUUAGUAGUGUCAUUUGUUAUUCCAAAACUCGAUAGACCAAAACAGUGUCUUGGUAAUACAUGCACGUGCGUCAUUAUAAUAGUUAAUUAAACCAGAUCAGCUCAGCAUAGUCUUCUUUUUGUUUUUUGGGUCGAAAUAUUAAAUUCUCAGCAUAAUCAUGAUAGUGAACUUUGAUAAUGAGCAACCUCUAAACACAGUUAAUUAAUUACAGAGUUUCUAACGACCAUAUGAGGCAGAUCAUUGUAUGUACAAAGAUUCAAGCACAUCUUAAUACCGGAAUAUCUACAGCCAACCACCAAAACCUUCAGGUUUGCAAACUCCAAACCGGAAAUGUAUGCACUGCCAUUGGUGUGAACAACCGGUCCAGUAAAAUUCUCCAAAGCGGAUAUUUCUGAUACCCCCGGUUCAGCGUUCUCCCGUGGGUUCAAUUAAUAAUAUAAACUAUGCUUUCUGCUAAUUUCAGUUUGUUAGGGACUUAUAUGAUAGUUGUUCAAAAAAUAAAAUAAAAAGGGGACUUAUAUGAUUAUAUUCCCCUAUUUAAUAAUAAUAUUCCCGAAAAAUGUCUAAAAAUUAUCAAAAUUUUCUGAACGCAUUGCAAGAAAUGGCUACAAAAGAAAAAUAAUCAUUUUCGACAAAAAUAAAAUAUAACAAAAUCCUAGUGAAAAAUAGAAAAGGGGAAGAAGUUGACGGGUGAACAACGGUAGCCAAUAGGAGAUUACAACAGUACCCCUUAAGAGAUUAUAAAACAGAGUUUGAACACCUCACUUUCUUUUCUUGUUCGCUCUCUUCCUCUCGCAACUCGAAGCACUUUCGUUUCUUCUUCGCUCUCUUCCUCUCGAACUCGAAGUCUUACAGAAGCUGGGUUUCUGACAUCGCUAACAACAAAACCGGUAUGGAUAACCAAGCGAAAUGCUGCCUGGGCGCAAUGAUCCAGAAAACAGAAGAACAGGUGUUUGAGGGUAGCUACGUGAUUCAUGGGAAGGAUGAGAACGAGAGUCUAAUCAAAUUUAUGUUCUUGGAACUUGAUCUUCAAAAUUGUAAAGAUGUUUACGAAGCUUUGGACAAUUUCGUCGGAGGAGUCGACAAAAACACAGUGAAUCUGAAGGAAAACGAAAUGGACGAGGCAUCACUUAUGAUGAUCAAGGUUUGUGUUGAUAGCGAUCAUGAUAAAAGUUGCACAUUCAAAACCCAUAAAGAAGCUACCUUUGAAAGCUUUAAGGAUGAUGUGGCUGAAUACUUUGGCGUUGAGGAGCAUCGCCUCCGGUUCUACACUUCCGAAGCUGCCUCAAGUCUCGUUCUCUCAAGAAGCUAUUCUGCUACAGUAGAGCAAGUGGUCAAGUCUGAUACAGUGUUGGUCAAGUUUGAUACAAAGCCAGGAUUAACCGGUAUCUGUGACCUGUGCCCAAGGGUCAAUUUAGAUGAUGUCCUGGAUAUUGAAGACUAUGGGCGAGAACCGAGAGUCAUCAAACCAAAAGCAACAAAAAGGCCAUCCAAGAGGUACAACAAGUAG